AUGCGCGACGAUUCGAGACUGAUAAUUAUCAGUCUCAUCGUUGCUGGAGUUAAACGACCACUUCGAGCGCUGUUGGAUUCGGGUGCAUCCAACAACUUCUUUCGAGCAUCAUGUUUGUCCCUUCUCCCGUCGACAGUUACGGUUCGAGAAGGUCCAGGUGACAUCGUUGUCAAACUUGCUGAUGGACAACCACAGCGUGUCCCGCGUAAAACAGUGGUUUUGCCGUACACGUUCGACGGCUUCCAAAGUAAUGACGAAUUUUUGGUGUACGAGAUGAAUUAUGCAUUCGAUUGCAUCUUGGGGAUACCGUGGCUGUCACGAUAUCAGCCGACGAUAGACUGGCUAUCUCGGUCCGUCAAACGACGAAGCGGUUACGACGUAAGUGAAGUUUUCACUCAUCUGUUGGUAGCGCCAUCCGAUUGGCCUCACGUCAGGGUCGUGAACGAACUCGCCACGACUAGAAGUCAGCACAGAGAGAGCGAUGGCCCUCUGUGUCCGGUAUGUUCAGUCACACUGAUAGAACCACAACACGAGGCGGUUGAACAGAGGUUCCCGCAAACCCAGACAUCGGUCGAGCAGGGGCUCCCGAUUCACAACGAGACGGUCGAACAGAGGUUCCCGCAAACACAGACAUCGGUCGAGCAGGGGCUCCCGAUUCACAACGAGGCGGUCGAACAGAGGUUCCCGCAAACACAGACAUCGGUCGAGCAGGGGCUCCCGAUUCACAACGAGGCGGUCGAACAGGGGUUCCCGCACACACGGACAUCGGUCGAGCAGGGGCUCCCGAUUCACAACGAGGCGGUAGAACAGGGGUUCCCGCACACACGGACUUCGGUCGAGCAGGGGUUCCCGAGUUCUAGCGAGGCGGUCGAGCAGGGGCUCCCGCAUACACACACAACGGCCGAGCAGAGGCUCCCGAUUGUAACCGAGGUGGUCGAGCAGAGGCUCCCACAUACAUCUGAGGCGGUCGAAGACGAGCUCCCGCCUCUUAUCGACGAGAAUGAACGGGCUGUGGACUUAAAUGUGAACGACGUGGUGGAGACAGAGCUCCCACGUCUAGUGAGGGGUACUUCAUCCUCCAGCGACAGCGACGUUCCAGCCUCGAGCAGUGGCUCAAGACGCAAGAGAAAGCGUAAACGCAAGAAAGGUGCACGCCGAUCACCAAGACGACGAAAUUCUCGCUCAAGCGCCGUUGACGAUGAUACUGUAUUGACGGAAUCCGUUUGUGCGCUUGAUUAUGUGGAAGGGUCUUCACAUCGUGGCCGCUACGUUGAGGUAGCGAGCCCUCCGUGCACUGUUGCAGAGAUCACAUCUCUAUUAACCCUACCAUGGAAAGAUUUUCUUCACGACCUCAAGGCCGGCGACAUCGAGCAAGUGUGCAUCAUAUCAGCCGCCGAAGCAGCUAGUGGAGAAGUUCUGGAGGCUCGCCCAAAGAGCGCUGAGCCCAAAUCAGCGCGCGAAGAACGUUUCGUGGCACAGUCUUGGGAAGCCCUUCGUGCUUCGGGCAACCCUGUCUAUGAUAUCGCGCGUGAGUAUGCCGACAUCUUUCCGGAGAAUAUCCCCGCUGAGCUUCCAGCGGAUCGUGGUGUGCGACACGAGAUCGAUCUCGUGCCAGGAUCGAAGUAUUGCGUGACGCGGCAGUGGCCGCUACCGCGUGACCAAGUCAUCGCAAUUGAUGAAUUUUUUUAG